UCAAUAACUACUCUAUCCUUUUGUCAGAAAAAAAUCCCAUAUCUCCAUUUUUCUCUUCCAAUGGCCACACAUAGAAAAAUGGACAGUGAAGAUCAAGAAACUAUACUGUUCCACUCAUACCCUCCAUGUCCAUACUACGUUCAAAGUCCAUCAACCGUCUCCCAUGCAAAUAGUUCCGACCUAAAAACCCAAAUCAACACUCUCGAAUCCACAUUUCAUUCUCCGUCAAGAUCCGACACCGCGAUUCUCCUGAACAAGAACCCGGAGGCCUCGAGGUUCACUCUCUCCCAUUACUCGUCCUCUCGCGGCUCGAACAACUCGUUCUUGACCGAGAAAAAGAUUAAUGGUGAUCACGAGAAUGGCGUUAACCGUUUGAUCAUCAUCGAUGGGCACGGAAAUGGUAAAGGGGACGAGGACGAUGAUGAGUAUUAUUAUGCGAGGGAAAAUGGGUUAUGGUGGAGAUUUUGCUCGUUUAAGCGAAGUUCUUCUUGUGGUUGGAUUUUUUUGCAACUGAGUUGGAGAUUGCUAGUGAGUUUGGGAGUUGCAUUGCUUGUUUUCUAUAUUGCUACUAAGCCUCCCCCUCCUCAUAUGUCCAUCAAGAUGGCAGGAAUGAGAGAAUUUGGAUUGGGCGAAGGAAUAGACGGGACUGGCGUUACCACCAACAUCUUAACAUGCAAUUUCUCUAUCAAUCUUCUCAUUGACAACAAAUCUAAGCUCUUUGGCCUUCACAUUCACCCUCCUCUUCUUCAACUCUUCUUCAAUCGUCUCCCUUUGGCUAUGUCAAGAGGUUCCAAAUUAUAUGGUGAGAGUCAAAGUAGAACAUUAUUCCAAUUGAAUGUGGGAACCAGAAAUAAACCAUUGUAUGGAGCAGGACGAAACAUGGAGGACAUGCUUGAAUCAGGAAACGGUUUACCCAUUUUAAUUCGGGUCAAAUUAAGCUCUCAUUAUCGGGUCCUUUCAAAUUUCAUCAGACCCGAAUUCCAUCACCAAGCACAAUGUUUGGUAGUCUUAGACAGUAAAUUUGAUAAGAAACAUCCAACUCAAGCUUUCAACAGCACCUGCACCUUCUCUUGAUCCUGCUCAUGUCUUCUUCUAUAUAUAGAGAUUUAAUUUAUUAUUUUGUUUUUGUGCAAUUACUAUAAGAAUAUAUUAUAGUAUAUGACAUUAAUUGUAAGAAUUUUUAAAGUAUUUGUCAAUUAUGUGUUUGUAAGUACUAUUGGCUCUGCAAAUUAAUAUAUUCAAUAUUAUUAUGAUCAUAGUUAAAAUUAA